AAAGGGUCCUCGCGCACUACAACCCCGAAUUAGUGACGAUUGUGACAGCUGAUGCUGGUCCCGCUGGCCUUGGGGCCAUUUUAUCGCAGACGCAGCCCUCUGGCGAAGAACGCGUGGUCGCUUACGCUUCCCGGUCCCUUUCAAAAGCAGAGUGUAACUACGCUCAAAUACAAAAAGAGGCUGCGAGUUUAGUCUUUGCGGUGAAAAAAUUUCACCACUACUUGUAUGGCCGCGACGUGCCAUUUGUCCUACGCACGGACCACAAACCUCUUAUUACUAUUUUUGGUGAUAAAAAGGGCAUACCGGAAAUGGCUGCAAAUCGCUUACAGCGAUACGCGUUGUUUUUGUCAAGUUACAACUUUAAUAUUGAAUACAUAAAAAGCGAAGAAAACGUCGCGGAUUUUCUUUCGCGAUCAAUAGCCAGUUAUUCAUCGACUGUUGAACAGAGUGAUAGUCAACUCGUAGAUACGUGUUUAUACAUAAAUUAUUUCACAGAUAGCAUGCUCAAACCGGUUACAUUGUCAGAUAUAAGAGAGGCGACCACGUCUGAUAGUAUCCUUAAUGAGGUUAGACAGUACGUCAUAAAAGGGUGGCCGCGUAAUGUAACAAAUGAAACGUUAAAACCAUAUUUUAAUUGUAGACUUGAGCUUCAUGUUGAAAAUGGGUGUAUUUUAAGGGGACACAAAUUGAUUAUUCCACAGGAAUUCCGGGAGCAAAUUCUAGAUGAAUUGCAUAGUUCGCAUUUUGGUGUCGUCAAAACAAAGACUGAGGCGCGGUCACGAAUGUGGUGGCCAGAUAUCGACAAACAUAUAGAACAAAAGAUAGGCUCGUGUAGUAUUUGUAAUGCGAUGCGGAAGACCCCGCCCCGUUCCCCGCUCGCGGUGUGGCCAUACCCUAAACGUCCUUGGAGUCGUGUGCAUAUGGAUAUGUUUUCAAUUGAUGGGAAACAAUAUUUAGCUAUAAUCGAUGCGCACUCUAAAUGGGUCGAAUGUUUUCUAAUGCAAUCAACGGACACAAAAGCCAUAAUUGAUAGGCUAGUGGAGGUAAAUAGUCGAUUUGGGACAAUGCAUGUUUUAGUAACUGAUAACGCGGCAAAUUUUUGUUCAAAGGAAUUGGAAGCCUAUUGCAUAGCUAAUGGCAUAAAACACUUAACAAGUCCUCCUUACCAUCCCCAAUCGAACGGCCAAGCUGAGAAUAGUGUCGGUUUCCUAAAAAGGGGCAUCAAAAUUAUAAUGGCAAGUAGCAACAACACGGAGCCUGUAAUCAGGCGAAUAGGGAAGCUAUUAUUUAAUAUAAGGAAUUCCGUUCAUUGCACAACCGGUUUUUCCCCCGCACAGCUGAUGUUUGGCCGCCCGCUCCGUUGUCGUCUCGAUCUAUUGCAGUCGGCGGGCUCUAGCUCGACUGAUAACGAUUUGUUUCAUAACAAUUAUGACUCACACUCGCAGUUGCCGAUGAUGUCGUUGUCCGCCGAAGCUAACCAAAAUGUUUGUUUUAAACAGAUCUCACAAACUAAGAACUAUGGAGGGCGGCGGAAGGUGUGUUUUGAGGAAGGAGAUCAGGUGUUAGUUAAACAUAUAUUUAGUAACGGAAAUAAGCACGUAUGGAAGAAAGGUUGUGUACAAAAAUCUAUAGGUAAUAUGUUAUAUUUAGUGCAUAUAAUAGAUUUAGAUAUUAUUGUUAAGAAACAUGUAGAUCAAUUACUGUUGUACAAAGGUAGUCAAACUGUAUGUACUGCUAGUGAUAACCGUGACAUUUCGGAUCUGGAAAUAACAAUUAAUGAGUCUUUAUCUCCAGAUCCUGAAGCGGUGGCACAAUCAGCGAUCGAAGGCCAGAGCCCUGAGUCAAGUCUACUCGAAAUUGGUAAUGAGUCGGAGGAGCCUUGUCAAUCGCUGGUACCGAGGGAAAGUGCUCCCCCCGCGGCCCCCGCCCCCUUAGUUUCGCCUGCUGCCAGGUCGGUGUCUCACGAUGAUGUUUUUUUGGACUGUGAGACGGAGGGUACCGAGACCACCUUGGAUCCUACGACGAAUGCAGAUCGUCGUAAUAUCCGAGCCACUCGGAAUCCUAACCCAGUGUAUAAAUGAGUCCAUUUUAAUUCAUAAGUUUUCUAAUGUAUUAAUUAGAGUAUUUUAAUUUUAAGAAGCUUUCUUUGCUAUUGGUGGAGGGAUUGUUAUGUUUUCAUAUAGAGGGUAGAUGUCAUUUACGGCAGUCUGUAUCUGAGCAUUAAACGUAGCACAUCAGUGUCUUA